AUGUCGGCUUGGGAUAGCGAUGUCGUUUUGUGUUCUGAAACGAGUCACACGAAACGUGCGGUGCGGGCUAUUUCUGCCGAAUUCAGGUCGGUCGGUCUUUCUGUGGGGCUGUGUCGGCCCGUCCCCGACAAGUUCGAAGUGGGUGAUGUUUUGGGGUCUUUUCGGGGCUUAUCCCGCGGUUGCGGGAUGGUCUCUCGUUUUCCUUUGUAUAGUUUCGAGUCCCCGGUUGUGGAUGGUCGUUUCUGGGGGUCCAGCCGGAUUCACAUGGGGGUAGUGCAAGUUGGUGAGCUUGCUAUUUCUAUGGUCACGCUUUAUCUGUGGCCUAAUGCGCCUUUGACUUCUCGCAGGUAUUUGGAGAACUCUGAGUUAAUUCGUGCUGGUGUGCAACUGGUGCGGUCUGUUUCGGGCCCAGCCAUUUUGGCGGGGGAUUUCAAUACCUCUUUGACGGCCUUUGACGAUAUGAAAGCUUUGCUGGCCGAUGGUUGGGUUGAUGCCGCUCUUUUUGAUGCCGAGCGACGUGGAGGUGUUCCGGAACCUACGUGCAAACGGGCUACCAGACACACUUUCUGUGUGGUGAGCCCCUUGAUGGUUUUUGCUCUUAGGUCGUCUUUCGUGGAUUAUCAUGAAGAUCUUCCUACGCAUGCAGUUUUGGUUACGGAGUUUGAUCUUCCGGCUUCUAAUCCUCGGGUGCUUAAGUGGGUUUUGCCGAGGCUUCUGGAUCAAAUGGCCUUGGACACGGCCAAGCUAGAGCGCCUCUCGAAUGAGGUCGGAGUGGACAGAUGGCAUUCGGCAGUGGAUCAACCAUUGAGGAAUGGGCAGGAAGAUGAGGCCUUUGCCAACUGGUCGGAGAUUGCUGAAGCUAUUCUCCUGUCUUCUGUUGAUGGUGCGGUAGAUGUUAGUGGGCCUGCUUGGUCAGGUCGGGGUCGGCUUACGGAGCCCGUGGUGCGAACAUGGGCCCCUCCUAGGUUUCAUUCUGGGCGCCCUGGAGACUUCCGGCUUGAGCUGCCUUCAGUUGCGCUUGAGGCUAGGCGGUGGCAAAAGUUGGUUCGACAGAUUGAGGCCUUGUUGAGGAAACUCAAAGCUGGGAGCCGGUCUGCCAGGCCCAGGUGUUUCCAGGAUGAGGUUCAGUGCAUUUGGCAGGCUAUCGUUGGCUCGCCUGGCCGGCCUAGGUUCACCUGCUGGGCUUGUGGUGUUGUCGGCUUUGCCCGGCAGUUUGUGCCUUGUGUUGAGGUUUUGGAAGCGUUGUAUCGUGAGGCUUCGGAGCAUGCCCGCAAGGUGUCCAGGAAAUGUUGGGGUGCAAAGCGUGAGGCUUCUCGAGAGCAGAUGGAUGCAUCUUGGGCAACGCACGGGGGUAGUUUUCCUUUCCGGUUGCUUCGGGAGCAGCAGCAGCCGCCGGUUUUGGAGAUGAGAGUUCGAACACAGCUCCCAUUGAAGCCGCAGCGGUGGAUGGCGGAUGGAAAGCAAUGGAUCCAUGUUCGCAACGUUUCUGCUGUGAAGGUUGGUGACGAGCUAUGUGGGAGCGCGGAUUGCAAGGUUUUGGAAGUCCAGGGUGAUGCUAUCGGGGUCGACACUCGGCUUUCACGGAGGGAAGCUGCCGGCCUUGAGAGGGUUCAAGUUUCGCUUGACCCUAACGUCUGGGCUGGGGCCUUCUUUCAAGGUUGGGGUGCUUACUGGCAGAGGGAAGCAGGCCUGGAGCAAGGUCACCCCUGGAGGCCCUUGUUGCACUCUCUCCCUCAGGUUCCUGAACAGUCGCUUGGUGACGUCACUUUUGAUGAUUGGAAGGCCGCGCCCGGUCGGGCAAAAACUGCUUCGAUGCGCGGUACUUGUGGCUGGUCGGUGUCGGAGCUGAGAAGGCUGCCAGAAACGGCGCUUUUGCCGCUGUUGAGGAUUUUCAACCAUGUGGAAAAGGGAGGCGCUUGGCCCAAGCAGCUUCAGCAAUGGUUGGUGGUGUUGCUUCGCAAAGAGGACGGGAUUCCCGAAUGGAACUCGGUCAGGCCGAUUUCGGUUGCUUCGGUGGUGUACAGGGUUUGGUCGCGUCUGCGCACAAGGCAACUCCUUGCUCUCUGUCAGUCCUUUGCAUUGCCCACGGUUGGGCCGAGGUUGUCCACCCGUUCCUUGUGGGGCUAUGUUGCGGAUUUUGUGGCGGAAGAAGCACAUGCAGGGAAAGCUCCUUCCGGCUUGGUUUUGGAUAUCAUAAAGGCUUUCAAUGUGCUUCGGCGGCCUUUGGUCCGUGAUGCUAUGUGUCACUGUGGGGUGGACAGCAACUUGGUUGAUGCUUGGUUGCGUGGUCUGGACGGCAUGGAACGGCAUUUGUUGGUUGCAGGCAAUGUCUACCGCGCUGAGGAUGAGUUUCGCACGAGCUCAGCUGGGGUGCCCGAGGGUGACCCUCUGUCCGUGGUGGCUAUGUUUUGCAUGUGUCGGUUCUUCGCCUUGUGGGUUCAGGCCAAAGCAGACGUUAUGCCGCUGACAUAUGCCGAUAAUUGGCAGGUCCUAGCCAGCCAAGUUGGACUGGUUCUGGAGGCACUUCCCUUCGUUGCACAGUUCCUUGAGAAGUGUGCUUUGCCCAUUUCCCCGCAUAAGUGUUGGAUGUGGAGUGCUACGGCAGAAGGACGGCGCAGGAUGAAGGCGGCUUGUUUGAGUGAUGACCGUAUUCCGGUUAAGCUGCAGGCCAUUGAUUUGGGUGCUGACCUGCCUUAUUGCAAGAGGCGGGCAGCAACCAAGAGGAAUCAAAGGGUCUCAGCCGGGCAUAAACGGUUGCUUAGAGCAAGAGGUGUUCCGUGUUCCAGGUGGCGAAGAUGUAGGCUUAUUCUUUCGGGUGUUUGGCCUCAAUGUUUGCAUGGUGCGGAGACGGGACAGGUGCCUUUUUCGGUAUUCAAAAGGCUUAGGACUCAAGCAGGGCGGGUCGCUUCCCUGGCUAAGCCGGGAGUUCGUCCGUGGUUGGCUUGUUCGGUGGGUGCUACGCAGACGGUUGACCCUGCUUUCUGUUUGCUUGUGCAAAGGAUUCGCCUUUUCCGGCUGAUGUGGUGGGACUUGUCCCAGGCACAUGCGCGCAUGCGGCGCGGUUUGGUUUCACUGAGGUGCGGGAAUGGUGGUGUUUCCUACUUGUUGGCCAAACAGUUGCGGUCUUUGGACUGGCUGCCUCAAGGGUUGGAAGUCAAGGACGAUGUUGGGCGGUCUUUUCACCUUGUGGAGACGCCCUUGAAGGCAGUUAAAAGGGUCUUGGAGUCGUCUUGGAUGGAACAGGUCGGAAAGAAUGUGGCACAUCGGAAAGAGUGUGGGGAGGUUUCCCGUAUUGACUUGGCUUUGUCGCGUACUUGGAUGAAGUACCCUUUGGCCGAACAAAGUUUGCUGUUGGUACAGUGUACUGGUGUGACGUAUACGCGUGAUGGCUUGUCUCAUGCUGUUGGGUUGGAGGUCUCUAGGGCUUGUCCGCUCUGUGGUCAGGAUGACUCUAGGCUUCAUCGUGCCAAGUUCUGCGAGGUUGUUGCUGACUUGCGUGGCCCUCUUUUGUCUUUCUUGGGAGACAGGGAGUUACCGGCGCACACGUGGGCCUAUGGCCUUUGGGAUGAGCCUGCGUCCCUGCGUGAUUGGCAGGCAGAUGCGUGUGCUUUGGAGUGGUCCCCUGUGCUUAGCAUUUCAGGUGGUUCUGCCAUCUUGGCAAAAAACACGGGGAAGGUUCACAAGGCGUUUUCGAAGGUCCUGGUUCAGUGGCUUGGUGCUUUGCGUCGGUAUCCGAUGUGUGCUGCUGGUUGGUGGUGCACGGUUGAUGGGUCGGUGCUGUGCUCUUUUGUGCUUCCAGGGAUGCGGCGAUUAUUUCGUGCGUGGUCGCGUGCGCUGGGUGCGGUUGGUGGUUUGUCCUUCUUGGAGGUCGGUGAAGCGGGCGGUGGCUUGCGCGUCCUCAUGCGAAAUUUCCCCAAAAGUUGGGUGGUUCCGAAAGACCGAGCAGGCUUACCUGCACGUAUCCAGAAGAUCUUGUGCCGCUUCGGGGUGCUGCUCGGUGAACCUGAAGUGUUUGGUGGCGCGUGCGGUGGUGAUGUCACUGCCAUAGCUUGCUUUCAGACUUUGGAAGCUGCCGAGGCGGCCGUCAAGACACUCUUGGGAGCUGACAUGCGAACCGCAGCGGAGAAGCAGGCAGCUGGAAACCGCCCGCCUUCGGAGAGUGAACGCUUUUGGGUGGAGAUACAGCAUGCCAAAGCCCCCGCAGCCCCGGCAGUGAAAGCAAAGCCUUCUCACAUUGCGCCAGAGGUCAUUCCCGAGGAGUCCUUCAUCUUAGUGCGGGGAUUUCCAACUAGCUGGGCUGAACCGCAGGUCAAGUACUUGUUUGUGGUGUUUGGCGGCACUUCUUCGAUACGCAUAGUGGCAGAUGGAGAUUUUGGCCGUGCGGCACACGUCAUCCUGAAGGACACGGCAGCAAUGCAAAGAGCAGCUGCAAGUUUGAACGAAACAGAUGUUGGAGAUGGCGACAUGAUUCAGGAAUGCCACAUAUACUGUGAGUACGUUCCGGGACGAAUGGAACGUCAGCGUCUUCAACAGGUGGCUGCUGCAGAGGCAGCUGCAGCGGAAGCAGCAGAGAAGCAGCGCCGCCGAGAAGAGAAAGAAGAACGCCGGCGUCAGAAAGAGGAACGUCGCCGAAGACAUGCCGAAGAGAAGGAGAGGCAACGGGAGGAACGCCGGAGACUGGAAGAGGAGGAAGUGCGGAGGGAGGAGGAACGGCAGAGAGAAGAGAGAGAGGAGAGAGAGCGACAAGAGGAGGAACGGGUAAGACUUGAAGCUGAGGCUGAAGCUGAGGAGCGCUUACGCAAGCAGGUGGAGGAGGAGGAGGAGCAGCUGAGACGAGAGGCAGAAGAGGAAGAGGAACGGUUGCGGCUCGAGGAACUCGAAGAGGAGGAAAGGUUACGCCAAGAGGCAGAAGAAGAGGAAAGGUUAAGAAAAGAAGCCGAAGAGUUGCAACGUCUCAGGAAAGAAGCGGAGGAGAAGAGGAGGCGCUUGCUCGAGGAGGAGCAGGCUCGUGCCAUGCGAGAACUUGAGGAGGAAAGAGAAUUGGAAGAGCAGCGGCAGAGAGAGGCUGAGAAGCGCAAGCGACAGGAGGCUCUGGAGGAAAGGCUUCAAGAAGAGGCCGCCGCCCAGGCUGCCCAAGCCCAGGCUGAGGCCGAGGAGCGCUUGCGGCAAGAACGGCAAGAACGGCAAGAACGGCAAGAACGGGAAGAACGGGAAGAACGGGAAGAGGAGGAGAGGUUGGAAAGGCUCGAACUCGAAGAGAGAGAAGCCCAACGACUGCGAGAGGAUGCUGCCAACGCAAGGCAAAGAUCUGCCCGGAGUUCUCAUAGAAAAGACCAUGGCCGUGGCAAUCAACGAAGAGACGAACGAUCCGCGAGUGCUGUCCGCCGGAAGAAGCGGCGCAGCCGCUCAAGCCGGACGCGGCGCAAAGAGCGGAAGCGGCGUCGCAGGGAUGCAUCCAAGUCGCGAAGUCAGUCCGAGCACCGAAAGCGCCGCGCGCGGAGAGGCGGGAGGCAGAGCUCAGAAAAGAGCCUAGAGAAGGAAAGGCAUCAGGACGAAGAUGGAGAGGCGGAGACUGGUAUGGUCAAUGGACAAGUGCCAGAGCAACUCGAGCAGGAAAGCCAGCCAGAAGAUGCCCAGCCCGAAGCGGCUUCUACAGCUUGGCCAGCUUCCACUCCCUUUGCUUCCGUGGAUCAGUGGCAAGGAAUGUAUCCUGCACACGGAGAAGCCAAUGAUCCAGGUUGGAGUGCGGGGCAAGCAGAUGCGUUUGCAGGAAGUUUCCAUGCUUCAUGGCCAUGGCAGCCACAGCCAGAAAUGCCGGCAACAGUGGCACCAGCAGCACCAGUGCCAGUGAGUGUAGCGCCAGCAGUGGCGGUGGCACCACCGUCCCCUCCGCCCCCUCCGUCCCCUCCGUCCCCUCCGUCCCCUCCGUCACCGGUGCCGCCAGUGCCACCGGUGCCAUCGGUGCCAUCAGUGCUACCAGUGCCACCAGCUGCACCACCAGCACCACCAGCACCACCAGCGCCAGCGGAGCCUGCGGCUGCCCCCGAGGAAGCGCCAUCGAGCCAUGCACAUGCACAUGCACAAGCGCCCGAGACGAAGGCACCCAUGAAAUCUCGAGGCUCGUUUUCUAUGGCCUGGGGGACUGUGCCGAGCCGCACAACAGCUGCAACAGCUGCAGUGCCAACGCCUGUCAAUCUGUACCAGCAGCAAUUUCAGCAGUGGCAACAGCAGCAACAGCAAGUUCAGGAGCAUCACCGUUUGGAGCAAGAGAGGCAGAAGAAACUUGAAGAGGAGCUCAAGGUGGAAUUGCAGCAGCAGUUGCAGCGGCAGAUGGAGGAAAAAGCAAAGCAAGAAGAAGAAGAACGUCGGCUUAAACAAGAGGAAGAAGAGAGGAGGCAACAAGAGGAGAAGGAACGGGAAGAGAGGAGAAAAAGGGAAGCAGAAGAAGAGGAGCGCAGGGCGGCUGAAGCCGAAGCAGCAAGGCAGCAAGAAGAAAGGUCGCGCUAUAUGCGCAUGUGGCAGGACCCCGGUGUCAAAGCUGAUGAUCAAAACUCAAAGCCAAGUGAAGGAGCGAAGUUUUGGGGUCACGACGCACAGUCGCCGGGGCGGCCGCAAGGGCUGCCAGGGCUGCCCGGCUGGCCUGCCCAGUCAGUGCCUCUGCCGCACCUUCAUGGCCAAGUGCGCCAGCCGCACCAGCCACAGCUCCCAUCCUUCGAUUCCUUUCAUGUCCGACUGGGCUUUCCUCAUAGCUUGCCGCUGGCUCAUGCUCCUGUGCAGCCAAUGCAACCAGUCCAGCCAAUGCAACCAGUGCGGCCAGUGCAUCCAAAUCUCCAUCCAGGUUCUCAAGCGCAACCGUGGGAGUCUGCCAGCCCAGCUCCAGGUGAUGGAAGGCCGAGCAGGCACCGAGACCAGCCGGAUGAAGAGGCCGACGAUCCGACAGAGCCAUCGGCUUCGCCUCAGGCACCGGACAAUGAUGAUGCUGACACCGAAGCGCCUACAGAAGAGUCCGACUAUGAUCCUUUCGCAGGGGCACAGGGCAAGGAGCCUCAGGAGUACAACCCCUUUGCUGAAGCUGAGUCGGCAGUUGGUAUGGAGGAUGAUGGUGAGGAUGAGGGUGCGUUUGACUCUCUCAUUGAAAUGUUACGAGCUGCGGAGAGGGAAGGGAACUCUGCACCAUCAAGGAUGGCAGAGGAAACGCAGCCACAACAGAAAGCAAGACCGCUGGACACAGGUGAACAGUUUCAAAAGGCCAAACCAAAGCCAAAGACACACUAUCAGUUCAACCAUGCGACACAGCGCUGGGAGCCGAAGGCUGCACCACCUUCACCACCAAGAGAACCAAGCCGUGGCGAUCGCUUCCAACGCGAGCUGCCAAGCCGAAACACGCCAGCAUCUCCUCCACGACACGCACCAAGAAAGCUCGUCAUUGCAGAGUGUGAAGCAGAAGCUCGAGCUGAUGCAGCUAACAGCUUCUGCAGCUUUUCGCAGGCCCUGGCUGUGCGCCUGGCCUUGCGCUUUGAAUCUCGACCCAAGGAUAUCUUGGUAAGUAUGAGUGAAGCAGGGCUGCCUGCUGCAAAGGACCAGCGCUCUACAGUGAAGACCAUAAUGCGGCUUUGUCAUCCUGACAAGUGCAAGCAUCCGGAUGCAAAGCGUGCAAUGCAGAUCCUGGGCCCCCUGCUUUCUUAGUGACGCCAUAUCCUUUUGAGUGAAGG